GUCUUGCCUCAAUUAUCUUCUCCCCCUUCUAAUUUCAACCAUUUUCAACCCUUUUUCUCUCACAAACACCUGCGUCUCUCUCUCGCGAGACGAGACCAAUCGCCCCCUUUCCGAUUCUAUCCCUAAAUCUAGCUCAACUGAUAAAGGAUAUCAUUGUAGAUAAACAACAGUUAUGUUUAAAAGUGAAGUGAUGGAUCGGAGGAGGACUGGGAGUCCGGUGUACGGACGGAGUGGAGCGGAGGAUCCAGCAGCUCGGGAUCAUCGUCUCCGGCACAUCAGCUGGGUGCGGGUAGUGGUUUCUCAACUAUCAAACGCACACAAAACGUAGCCGCGAAAGCCGCCGCUCAACGUCUUGCUCAAGUCAUGGCUUCGCAGACCACAGAUGAAGACGAGGAAGAUGACGAUCUAGGGUUCCGGUUCAAAGGUCCUCCUGUAAUUCCUAGCUUCUCAAAUAAUGGUUUAAAUCACAGUAAUUUGCCGGCGACCUCAAUGGCUCCGCCUAAUAGAUCUCCCUCCCCGGCGUUAGGUCGGAAUUUUGAAGAGAAUGCUCCAUCUGUGCGGUCCACGUCAGCAGGGAGGCCGGCAGUGUCAAUGAGGUCAACGGCGCCAGCUUUCAUCCCGCCGAGUAGAACUUCAGUUCGCACUCCAGUUGCUAUUCCUUCGAUUGAUCCUCCUAAUCGCCGCAGAGAUAAAAGGUUUACAGCUGAUGUAGGACAACUCAAAGCGAAAGACACUGGAGAUCAGCAUGAAGCUUCUGCACUUCGUGAUGAAGUAAGCCACUGGCAAUUUCCUCAGUUGUUUAUGCUGGACAAAAGGCUAAAGAGGAAGCAUGGGAUAGAGGCUAGUUCAAUUUCUGACUGUCGUAACCGGUUGGGUGAUGGCUUUAUAGCUAUCACCGGUGCUCAUCUCGGACCAGUCCGAAGGAUAGAGUUCGCGGUGGAGGCAGAGGCGGCUGGAGACAGAGGCGGCUAG